CAUGUGCUGAUCCUUCGCGACAUCUCACAACCUGUUAUAAAACGCUACCCAAAUAUCAGCAGCCUGAUGGACGCCGGCUACAUGACAAAAGAGGAGCUGCGGCUGUUCGAUACGCUUAGCACCGGCCUAAACUAUCACAUACACAACUUCUGGAUUCCUUGGCAGUGGACGUGUACGCUGGCUUACAUGUGCCGCAAGGAGGGCCGGGUGGACAGCGACGCAAUCCUGUGUAAAAUCUUCGACGCAAUCGUGAACUACCGUGACAAUCUGUCCCAGCUCGUCGAAUAUGAUUGGAUCAGCGUGCCGUUGGUGUAUACGCAGGUAGUAACGAUAGCGGUGUAUAGCUAUUUCGUAGCUUCACUCAUGGGGCGCCAGUACUUGGAUCCAAAGAAGAACUAUAAGGGCUACGAAAUUGAUUUGUACUUUCCGUUUAUCACCGUCGUUGAGUUCUUCUUCUACAUGGGCUGGUUGAAGGUUGCCGAAUCCAUCAUUAACCCGCUGGGAACGGACGAUGAAGAUUUCGACACUCUGAAAAUUAUUGACAGAAAUUUCGAGGUACUUUUUGAAGAACUACAUUUGCGAAGUUUUCCAGUUAUUAACAUAUUCAAGCAUGCCAACUUAAGCUCAUCUUGUUUUUCGAAAACUUGCUCGAAACAUUUUGUUGCGAACGUGAUCGUUGACCAGAACAGCAUGCGGAUGCCGGUGCUAAAGGAAAAAUUCUACGAUUUGGUCUCAGAUACUGCUUUAAACCUGUCAGAACUAUCCGAGGAGAUGUUGAAGUCUUGCUCCGUGACAAACGAAAUCUUGAUUAAGUACGAUGGAUCAGGAAUUAAAGUGAAGUGCGAAUCGAAUGAGGUCAAGUCUGCCGAUUCACCGCAUGAAAAAGAACCUGUGGAAGAAGCCGACGAAGAACCUGAUUCGGUUAUGAUAAUGGAACACAAAGACUCGGUUAAAUUAUGA